AUGGUCAACACCUCACCUAGGAAAAGGGUUGCAAAAGCCCAGCUGCAGACUGACAGGGACCAGAAGGAGCAUGAGAUCCAGGAAGCUCUUAGUGCAUUCCAGAAGGGUCAAUUCAAAAAAUUGAAGGCCACUGCUGAGCAUCAUAAUGUCCCUUACAACACUCUCUGGGAUCACAGCAAAGGGCACAAGAGCUGCACUGCUGUCUUUCAACAUCUGCAGGCUAUACCACCAGAGGCCAAAGAGCUCUUAGUCCUACAUAUACAGAAGCAGGCUCACUAUGGUUUCCCAAUAACACCACAGAAUCUCAGACAGUUGGCCAAACAACUUCUCAGGCAGAGGACUGACAAUAAUGAUGCUACUCUUGGACCUAAUUGGGUGUCUGCUUUCAAGCAGCAACAUCCAGAACUCAGAAGCUACUACUCUCACAAGAUGGAUGCUGCAAGGGUACAGGCCACUAGUGAUCCAUCAGUUGUUGAAGCAUACUUUGAUGUCUUGAAGAAGACUAUUGCCAAGUAUGGGAUCCUACCUGAAAACCUCUUCAACAUGGAUGAGACUGGGUUUCUCAUUGGACAAAGUCAAUGCCAAUACAUCAUUGUACCCAGGGAGAAUGGGAAGAAUCAGUGCUUCAGGUCACAGCCAGGCAAUUGGGAGACUAUCACAGUGAUUGAGUGCAUUGGUGCACAAGGGACAAAGCCACCACCUAUGGUUAUCUUUCAGGGCAAGAAACACAUGCAGGGCUGGUACCACAAUCACACUGCAGCUAAGGACUGGGUCUUUGCAACAAGCCAGAAUGGCUGGACCAACAAUGAGCUUGCACUACACUGGCUCAAGGACUGCUUGGACAAGCACACCAAGCAAAGGGCUCAAGGAAAGUAUCAGCUGCUUAUCCUUGAUGGUCAUGGCUCCCACAUCACAGCUGAGUUCAUUCAGCAAGCAUGGGACUCCCACAUUAUCUUUCUCUUCCUUCCUCCCCUUGCAACACAACUCCUACAACUACUUGAUGUCAUGAUAUUUGGACCUUUGCAGCAAGCCUUCACCAAGGAGGUUGACAAGUUUGCUGGAGCAAAUCUUUCAAUCAGUAAGAAGGAUUUCAUCAACAUGUACUGCAAAUCACAACAGGUCAUUACAAGCACCUUAGCAUCACAAGCCUUCAGGGAGGUUGGAAUCAACUCAAAGCUCCACCCAGACAAGGUUCUGUCAUGGGACCGGAUGCGCAGGAAGCAGGAAGAACAGCAGCCAUAUGAAGAGGAGUGUGUCAUGGGGCCGGAGGCACAGAAAGUAGAAAGAACCGAAGUCAUAUGA